GGCUUAUAAAAAAAUUUCGGCGAUUCAUCUCUUUCUCACUAUCAAAAUUUAUUUCACUAUCUAAUUUCAUAGAUUGAUUGGUUGUUUAUCAUAUUUUAUACUUGUGAUAUAGAUCGAGUUUUUUUGUAGGUCUGCAAGCCUUUCUUCGACUAUAUUGACGCAAAACGAAUGCAUAUCUAAAAUUUCCAACUCUACAAAGCGGAUCUGGCGAAUGCGGAGUUUCCAUAAACUGCUGGUUUUUUACAGAUUAAGCUCGAUUACAGGUUACCCAUAUAUUUUAAAUAAUAUUUUAUAAAGUAGAAAAUGUGAUUUAUGAAAAUGUCUAAGGAGAAUCUGCAGAUCUUGCAUAUUCGCAAGUAGAUGUGGGUAUGUGGUUUUACUACUACAGAUCUCAAACGACGGAGUUUUCUAUGUCAAAAUUUAUUGUCCUGAUACGAGAUGAGUUUGACGGACAAGAUUAACUCAUUUGAUAGUUCUAUUUUUAAAUUAAAUAUAUAUUUAUCAAAUAAAUUAUUAGAAUUUAAUUUCUUAUUAUAAAAAAUGAUUUCUUCACUAUAAUUUAUAUUUUUAUUAGAAUUAUAUCACUAAUAUAGAAUGAUAUCAACUUUUUCGAGAAAGGAGUACGCAUAUAGAUACCUUGCAAAAUAAGGGUUUUCUAAAAAUGCUUUCUUUGCUUGUAGAAUCAAAAUUUCAAUUAUUCCUAUGUAUUCUCUUCCUAAUAUAUUUAGAUUCCUUCCAUUUUCUCUAAAUUGUUUUGGAACAAACAUAGAAAAUACAUGGGAAGAUAUAUGCAGGAGAUGAGAGUGAUGAUCCGAACACGUCAGCUCCACAUCACGCCAGUCUGGCAAAAAACGAAUAUAAAAAUAAAUAAGAAAAAGACACACAAAAAAAAUCGGAGAAUCUUUAGUUUCGUCUCAUUUCUUCGUUGACAGAACUAGGGUUCACUUCAAUUCUCUUCUCUGUAUCGUGUUCAAAGAUCUGAUUGAAAUUAGUCUCUGGGCUCUUCUGGUGUAAGCUCGGAUCCAGAUUCUCAGGUGAAAGACAUAAUCUUUUGCUCCAUCUCAAUCUCUUUUUUUCCUUUGACUAGGGGUCCGGUGGGAUAGACAUAGAAUUGGGGUAGAGUGUCAGAAUUGUAAUUUGCUUUAGUGUUUGAUUGAGUUUCUGGGAUUGGAAUUGUGGGUUUUUGGGUUCAGGGGAGGAUAAAGUAGCUCAAGAACUGAGGUGAUCCAUUUUCUUAGGCUAGGCACUUGCAGCUGAAUUUUGAUUCGAUUUUGGACUCAUUGGUUGGUUAAUGAUUAGUUUCAGUUUCUUUGGUGAAUAUUUGUUGGAUUAGAUAAUCUAUAGACAGAGCUGCGAAAGGUUUGGGUUUUGGCUGAAUUAGGAUACUUCUUGGAUUAUAUUUGGUGUUUGGUCUGUUGGAUGUUUUCAGGUUUGGUAGUGAGGUUUUAUCAGAGGUAUAGUAUUGGAAUUUAGAGUGGAUUUUGGUGGAGAUGGAUAGGCCUAGGCAAAAUGAUCAUUUGGGUGUGAAUAAGAUUGGGAAGAAUAUCAGGAAGAGUCCUCUGCAUCAACCGAAUGUUUCUGCGAAUCUUCACAACUCCUCUGCUGCAAGGCCUCAAAACCAGCCUCAGGUUUAUAACAUAAGCAAAAACGACUUCAGAAGUAUUGUUCAGCAGCUAACGGGUUCUCCAGCACGUGAAAGCCUUCCUCGUCCUCCGCAGAACAACCCACCAAAGCCUCAGAAUACACGGUUGCAGCGGAUUAGACCAGCUCCCUUAACGCAGAUAAACCGGCCUGCGAUUCCUCCCCCUGCUAUGCUUCCUCCUCAAUCUCAUCCGCAGUUUGCUAGACCACCUCCACCCCAGCCACCUUUCCCACAAGGCACACACCAACCAAUGAUGAUGGGUCAAGGGGACCAAUUUUGGUCUAAUACAGCUGAGUCUCCUGUCUCAGAGUAUAUGCGAUAUCUUCAAAGCUCACUUGGAGAUUCAGGACCCAAUGGUAACCAAAUGCAGCCAGGUCAUGAGCAGCGGCCUUAUAUCCCAGGUCAAGACCAGCGGACAUAUAUCCCAGGUCAAGAGCAGCGGCCAUAUAUCCCAGGUCAAGAGCAGAGGCCAUAUAUUCCAGGUCAAGAGCAGCAGCCAUAUAUUCCAGGUCAUGAGCAGCAGCCAUAUAUACCAGCUCAGCCUCAACCUCAACUUCAACCUCCUCAGCCACAUAUGAUGCCUGGAUCUCAACCUCGAAUGAAUAUGCAGGGGCUACUUCAACCUAACCAGUAUCUACCACCACCCGGGUUAGUUCCUAGCCCAAUGCCUCAUAAUCUCCCUUCCCCUCGGUUCAAUGCUCCUGUACCUGUCACCCCCAGUUUGCCCUCUCCCAGGUUCAGUCAGAUGUAUGGUGGAGUUCCUUCUCCUCGAUAUAAUGGUUUCGGACCACUAAACUCACCUACAUCCCAGUUCCUUCUACCAUCUCCUACUGGUGGUUACCCGAAUAUGAUCUCUCCAAGAUCACCUUACCCAUUACUAUCACCAGGAGUUCAGUAUCCUCAACCACUUACCCCAAACUUCUCCUUUUCACAAAUUGCUCAACAAGGAAAUCUUGGACCCGGUGCAGGUCCAGGUCCAGGUCCUCCUCUGCCUCCUCCUUCGCCAGGGCUUAUGUUCCCAUUAUCUCCAUCCGGGUUCUUCCCCAUUCCAAGUCCAAGAUGGAGUGAUUACUAGGUGUCCUCUUUUCUCCCUAUCCGAUUCAUUGAAUUCAGUAAAUCUCCCUAGGUUAGUCUGUACUAUGGAAGAAGCUUAAACUUCAAAGCCUACAGUGGAUAGACGCAGCAAAAUAGAUGCGUAAACACUAAAGGAGCUUUUAGAAGCAAUGAAGAUUUAUAGGUUUUUUUUUUUUCUUUCUCUGUGGAGUUUUAUAGGUCAAAAGUUGGGAAUCUUGGGAUGAGAAUGAUUACCUUUGUUUUUGUUUGUCACAAAAUUAGUUAUAUCUUUGCAUAAUUUGUACACAGAAGACAGACAACUCAGUCAAUUUAUAUGAUUUUUGGGUGUUUCCAAAGCAAAUAUUUCUUUCUA